ACAGUCGGCCACGCUUGCCACAAAAAUUGUCUUGGGAUUAUUCAAGUAUUUUCACCUUUUUCGUUCCAAUAUUAUUGUAAUUACCAUAUUAACUUUUAAGUCAAUUAUAAAAUUACGCAAUGGCUGACUUAGAUGAUUUCUUUGCUAAGAAAGAUCGCAAAAAGUCGAAAUCAGUCAAAAAGUUUGCUACUGCUGAUGAAUUAGCCAAAAAAUUGGAAGACACAAAAAAAUCGGAUGUAAGGCCAAAAAAAGAGCGACCAAUACAAGAAGGGGAUGAACCUGGUAGAGCUGGGGAAGAGGAGGAAUGGAAAGAAUAUGAAGAGCCAGUGAAGGACUACACAGGGCUCAAAAUCCAAGUGUUGCAAGGCAAUGCAGCUCCGGAGUCACGGGAUUCGACCGCGGAAGACUUAGCCACUGACAGCGGAAAGGUCAAAGGUCCUUGGAACAAACCAGUGGAAGUAGAACAGCCUCCACCACCACCCCCAGUGGAAGAGAAGCCGAAAGAGGUCAAGUCCAACAUUUACGUGCCGCCUGCGCCAAGGAACCGUGAGGUUGAACCCAUGAUGCGCAGGAAUCAAGCCAAGCACGCGCCUGACAUUCACAACGACGAUUACUUCCCUGUGCUGGGCGCGAGUGCGAAGCGCGGCGGUGCCGGCGGCUGGAGCACAGCGGGCGCGGGUGCGGGCGGCGGCGCGGGUGCACAGCGGGCCGGCACGCGAGCACCCCUCGCGCUCGGCAACCGCUUCACCUCGCUGCAGGACGACAGCUAGCCAGGUAGCAGUACUAAGCUCCGUGAAGCAAAGCAGUAAAGUGAAGUGUCAAUAUGGACUUGUAAGCAAAGCCCGGCUAGCAUACAUCUACAUACAUACAUAAUGUUAUGCAACAAACAGGACAGUGCAUUUUCAAUACAUUCACAAUCUAUUUCCUAAAAAAAAAAUCAUAUAUUGUGUUAAGACAGUUGCUAUAGUAAAUACAAGUUGAUUUUUUUAAAUGUAAAUUAUUGGCCAGUAAUUGGGAUGCACAAUAUUUUAUUUUAU